AUGAGCCGAGACAAAACCGCCGACUUCUCAGGCAAAGUCAUCGCCCUCACCGGCGGCGCCAGCGGCAUAGGUCUCGCGACCUCCCAAACCCUCCUCGCCCGCGGCGCCAACAUCGCCAUCGGAGACAUCGACGCUGCAGCUUUAGACACCGCUCGCAAGACGCUCGUAACAACCCCAGAUGAUGAAGACCGGAUCCUGUUCACGAAACUGGACGUCUCGGAUCGAAAAUCCGUCGAUGGCUGGAUCCAGGCUGUGAUAGGGAAGUUUGGAAGGCUGGAUGGCGCGGCGAAUUGUGCGGGGGUUAUUGGACGGCAUCAUGGGACAAGGGGCGUGGAGGAGUUGGAGGAUGGGGAGUGGGAGUUGAUUAUGGGUGUGAAUUUGACGGGAAUGAUGUACUGCCUCCGAGCCCAACUCCAGAAUAUGCCUGGACCGGGCAGCAUCGUCUGCGUGAGUUCCGUCCAAGGCUCCCUCGGCUUCGCCAAACACGCCGCCUACGCGGCCAGCAAACACGGCAUCCUCGGCCUCGUGCGCAGCGCCGCCAAAGAAGUCGGCUCGCGCAACAUUCGCGUCAACGCCGUGACGCCCGGCUCGAUCCAGACGCCGUUGAUGGACAAGCGGAAUGCGCUGGAGGGGGUGGAACAGAGUUAUCACGAGACGCCGAUUAACCGCGUGGGCGAGCCGGCGGAGGUGGGGAAUUUGAUUGUGUGGCUGUUGAGUGGAGAGGCGACGUUUGUGACGGGGGCGACGUAUGCGGUUGAUGGGGGGUGGGCUUGUUGA